AUGGAGGAAGAAAUCAAGAGAUUUGCCCUGGUAUACAUUUCCGCAAUAGUCUCCGUAAUUUAUUGUUACUACAUACCGUCUAGAAUCAAAGCUGGGGCUCCUCGAUUACUCUCUAUUCUUCCAGUAUGUGUUCAGUUCUUUGUUUUCCCCAUCUUCUUCUCCUCAGUAUUGUUCAUUUCCAUCAUAACGUUUACCCUCACAGGGAUGGGAAUAUUAAAGCUCAUCCUCUUUUCAUUUGAUAAAGGUCCUCUUUUCCCACUUCCCACAAGUCUUUUUGGAUUUUUGUGCUUCACUUUCCUUCCCAUCGAAAGACUUGGAAAAACCCCUAAAUCUCAAUCUACUUCUCCCACUUGGGUUUUCCCCACUAAAGUUGCAAUAUGUGCAGUGAUGUUAAUGUUACAUAUGCGGGGUUACAAACAUAAUCUUCCCACGGUUCUGUUAUGGGUGGUUAUAUAUCCUUUAUAUAUGUACUUGCCACUUGAGAUUGCAUUAAACACCGUCAAAUUUCUGUUCACUAUCAUUCUUGGGUGCGAUCUUAAGCCAGUAUUCGAUGAACCUUACCUAGCCACCUCUCUUCAAGACUUCUGGGGUCCCCGGUGGAAUCCAAUGGUGUCUUCCCUUCUCCGGUCAGCUUUCUACUUUCCUCUGAAGGGUAAAUCAAACUCCGGUUUGGCUAUGUUUAUCGGGGGUUUUGCGACUUUCCUUGCCUCUGGUCUGUUUCACGAACUUCAAUCCUUCUACACAAGCUAUGAAACGCCUUCCUGGGAGAUCACUUUGUUUUAUGUGCUGCAUGGGGUUUGCACUGCGGCAGAAAUGGUGGUGAAAAGGUCAGCGUUUGGGCAGCGUUGGACAGUGAGACCAGUGGUGUCUUGGCUGCUUACCAUGACAUUUGUGAUUGUGACCAAUGGUUGGCUCUAUUUCCCUCAAAUUACAAGGGGAAAAGAGAUACGCCAUUAUAUUACCGAAUAUAUUAUUGUAACGUGA